UAUGGGGAUGGAGAGACACUAACAGAACUGGGAUGGGCGAUGUUGGCUGAGCGGAUCCACCUAUUAUUAGGGAGCUUGGAUUGGCUCCCUGGCUCAGCGUACCCGAGGUGGAACCAAUCAGGUGGCCGGGGCUGGGAGAUGAUGGGCGGCCGCCUCCUCACUGGAGGGAUUCCUGGAGAAGCUGCAGUGUUGGGGAUGCUCUAGACCGAGUACUGCCCCCAGUGUCUUUCCACCUCCUCCUUCUGCAGCGGCAGCGGCCAGCAGUACUUAGCAGUGGCAACUUGAGGCUGCAGCCGGGCAAGCCCCUACAGGGUGGUGCUCAGCUGAGAGGGGGGCUCAGCGCCCCAAAGGGGUGUGUGUAGGGUGGGGGCGGCCAGCUGGGACCAGCUGGUGGCCCUGGAAAACCUCCCACACACCCACACCCACACACCCCUUUUGUGUUGCAGGCUGCCCCUCCAAGAACAGAGGCGGCAAGAGGACGUGUGAGCCUUCGAGCGGGUCCACCCGGGGAGAGCACUGGGGACGGAAACCGGCACCACCUUCUGGUCUUCCCUGCAGAAAAUAAAAAGAAUCUGAGAGAAAACAGAGACCAAAAUACCCCAGAAUUUCUGACAUAACAUCACACCUGAACCUAACAUGGUGAGCGAGAGUCUUCAUGAGGCCCUGGCAGCAGCCCCGCCUGUCACCACUGUUGCGACUGUUACACCAAAUAAUGCCACCGAGCCAGCCAGUCCCGGAGAAGGAAAGGAAGAUGCCUUUUCUAAGCUGAAGGAGAAGUUCAUGAAUGAGUUACAUAAAAUUCCACUGCCACCGUGGGCCUUAAUUGCCAUAGCCAUAGUUGCAGUCCUUUUAGUCCUGACCUGCUGCUUUUGUAUCUGUAAGAAAUGUUUGUUCAAAAAGAAAAAUAAGAAGAAGGGGAAGGAAAAGGGAGGGAAGAAUGCCAUUAACAUGAAAGAUGUGAAAGACUUGGGGAAGACCAUGAAAGAUCAGGAUGAUGAUGCUGAAACUGGAUUGACUGAUGGAGAAGAAAAAGAAGAACCCAAAGAAGAGGAGAAACUGGGAAAACUUCAAUAUUCACUGGAUUAUGAUUUCCAGAACAACCAGCUGCUGGUGGGGAUCAUCCAGGCGGCCGAGCUGCCCGCCCUGGACAUGGGGGGCACAUCUGAUCCCUAUGUGAAAGUAUUCCUGCUGCCUGAUAAGAAGAAGAAAUUUGAGACAAAAGUCCACCGAAAGACCCUUAAUCCUGUCUUCAAUGAACAAUUUACUUUCAAGGUGCCGUACUCAGAAUUGGGAGGCAAAACCCUGGUGAUGGCUGUGUAUGAUUUUGAUCGUUUCUCCAAGCAUGACAUCAUCGGGGAAUUUAAAGUCCCCAUGAACACAGUGGAUUUUGGUCACGUAACUGAGGAGUGGCGCGAUCUGCAAAGUGCCGAGAAGGAAGAGCAAGAGAAACUGGGCGAUAUCUGCUUCUCCCUGCGCUAUGUCCCUACUGCUGGCAAACUGACUGUUGUCAUUCUGGAGGCAAAGAACCUGAAGAAGAUGGACGUGGGCGGCUUAUCUGAUCCUUAUGUGAAGAUUCAUCUGAUGCAAAAUGGCAAGAGGCUGAAGAAGAAAAAGACAACAAUUAAAAAGAAUACACUCAACCCCUACUACAAUGAGUCAUUCAGCUUUGAAGUACCCUUUGAGCAAAUCCAGAAAGUGCAAGUGGUGGUAACUGUUUUGGACUAUGACAAGAUCGGCAAGAACGAUGCCAUCGGCAAAGUCUUCGUGGGCUACAACAGCACCGGGGCGGAGCUGCGACACUGGUCAGACAUGCUGGCCAACCCCAGGCGACCCAUCGCCCAGUGGCACACCCUGCAGGUGGAGGAGGAAGUCGAUGCCAUGCUGGCGGUCAAGAAGUAAAGGGAAGAAGCCUUUCUGCAUUUGCCCACAUAGUGCUCUUUAGCCAGUAUCUGUAAAUACCUCAGUAAUAUGGGUCCUUUCAUUUUUCCAGCCAUGCGUUCCUAACAGAAUUCAGUGGUACUUCAAAUCCUGUUUUAAUUUGCACACAAAUUGAAAUGUAGAGAGCCCCUGAGUCCUUCCUCAUGCCACUGCCCUCCAAAUCUACUCUUCUUUUAAGCAAUAUGAUGUGUAGAUAGAGCAUGACUGAAAUUAUUUAUUGUAUCACACAGUUGUAUAUACCAGUAUGCUGAAGAUUUAUUUCUAGUUUGUGUAUUUGUAUGUUGUAAGCAUUUCCUAAUCUGUGUAUAUCUAGAUGUUUUUAAUAAGAUGUUCUAUUUUAAACUAUGUAAAUUGACUGAGAUAUAGGAGAGCUGAAAUAUAUUAUAUGGUAAAUAUAGUAUCGUCUGCAUUCCAGCAAAAAUAUCAACUUGUAAGGCACUAGUACAGUGAAACUGACAUCUUAAAGGACAACUUAAACCUGAGCUUUCUAUUGAAUCACUUGAGUACCAAGAUACACUUACACCACAUAUUUGGUGGGCAAAGCCAAUUUUGUAGAAUUUCUUCACAGGCAAAUUAGCAUGAUCUGAGCAGCAUGCAAGCUGCUCUCCAGGAAGCACAGCCACAACCCAGAACAGCAUCCGUCUGCACACACCGACAGAGCUUGAGUCAGAGCUUCGCUCUGGCGUUUGAAGGAGCAACUGAACAGGAGCCCAUGACCUCACACAACUGCAGACGGAGUAACCACUUGGUGGUGUCCUGUGUGCAUCUGUUUGCACUCUCAUAUGCAUGCCUGUGUGUGUGCAUUUGUUUAGGGAUGGGGUGGGUGGAAAGAAGCAGAGGGGAGAAGUCAGCAUUUCUGAAAUAUUGCCUGACUAUUUAAAAAGAAAAAAGUAGCUCUCCAUGAUCACCUUUAUACACAAUGUGCAUCCUGUGAAUUCUGUUCCAGAUUUAACACCUCUAACAAUUCCAGAACAUUUGCACACUAGACUUUGUAACAAAAUAUUUUAUUACACGAAACCAGAUUAGAAGGAAUGCAGAAGAAUAUUUUUAACAUAGUAAUCUGUGCUUAUUGCACAAAAUUACUUUGUGGUCAACAGACAGUAUUGUAAUCCCAUCAAAAGAUGAAAAGCAAACAAUUAGCCAUAGUUCUGAAUGCACUUCAAUUAAGCCAAAACAGACAGCUAGUGAUCUUUUUAUAUGCUGUUUUUACUUCAGUAAGUUUUAAUUUGUCCUUUAAAAAGAGGUGAAACAAAACCAAGAACAAGUUCUAGAAAACUGAAGCAACCUCUUAUGUAUUCUAGAUGCUUGACUUAGGAAGAGUUUUUAAUGUUUUCAAUGUUAUUAUGUAGUAAAUGGCACUAUUAUGAAGCUACUAGUCAUUCCAUAAGAGUCUUCAAGGACUGCUCUGUGUAACACUGUGACUGCCGUGUGUGCUUAGACACGUAGUUCCCUCAGUGGAUAGCACUCAGUUUAUUCCGUAGUGAUAUUGUAAACAAUACUGCCAUUCCCUUCUAAUGCACUGCCCAAGGUAUGUGUAGCACAAACAGUUCUCAUUACAAAGGACCAAUUCAGAACUGAAAAGCUAUGCAUAGGACAAGGAAGAUACAUAGGAUGGGGUGGAGCACACAGCAUUUUGUCAAGCACUGUGCACUCUUCCAUACUUUCCCCACUAGGGCAGACAGCCACUCUGUGGAAGGGCAGCCUGUUACCAUACUGCAUCCAGUCUUUCCUCCCUGCCCCUUCUGUGGCCCACUUCCACUCCCAGGCCGCAGGAAGUAGUGAAGCUCUGAGGUGGAAGCUGAUCUUCACAGAUACCAAAACCAAAUGGAGGAAAACUAAGCAUUAGCCUCGUGUUCAGACUUGAGGGUAUCAUGCCACAUUUUUUCUAACAACUCAAAGAGAAUUCACAAAGGGCUGGUGGGAGGCUUUGAACAUGAGGUUAGCCAUUUCCUGAUAAAACUAGAAUUCCUGUCAUUAUUCCUUCCUCAUCAGACAAGAGGUGUGCCCUUUGACCUUUCAGCCCAGUGACAGCAAACUCUAGAACUGGGACUGACAAAAAGGACAAAAGAGUAACAUCUCCCUCUUCCAUGGAUGGUCCAUACUUAAAAAAAAAAGAUAU